CAAAAAAAUAUAAAUAUACGAUAUAUAAAUACAAAUAUCCAAAAUAAUGUAAUAUUGUAUAAGAAUAAUUCUAAAAAUGAAUUUAUUUUAUUAAAAGUGAUGUUUUAUGGAUGGGGUAUUUCUAGUAUAUUAUUCUUAUUAAAUACUUAUAACCCAAAAUAUAUAUCAACAUUAUUUGAAAAUAUAUCUUGGAAUGAAUAUUUCAAAAGAAAUGGAUUACAUAUGGUAUAUUUUAUAAAUUUUAUAAUUAUUGGACCUGUUGGUACUAUAUUAUUCUAUAUAAUAAAUCAUAGAUUUAUAAAAUACAUCAUUUUACAUAAAGGUGGUAAUAAUGUAUCGAUUAUUACCAAUCACCCAUUAAAAAAUAAUUAUACUAUGACACUUCCCAUUAAUAAGAUAAAAAUUAAAAUUGCAAGAGAUAAAAUGAAGAAUUAUUUACCUAUGAAAAUUCAAGGUAGAAGAUUUUAUUAUAUUAUUGAUAGCAAAGGAACAUUUUUAAAUGAAAAAUUAUUUGAUUACACAGUUGGAAAAGCAAAAAAUUGGUAAAAGAUUGGUAUAAUUUAUAUAUGUAAAAGUUGUAUAAUUUAUAUAUGUUACAAAUAAAUUAUUAUGAAUUAAA